ACCCUUGAAUCAUACCGGCUGUCUUCAUCUGACGUGAGAGGACGUAAGUGUGGUGGACAGUAGUUACGACUCCAUCAAGAGUGGAGGUAUGAUAGUGAUUGGUGUUUUUGUACAAUCUUUGAACCUUACAAAAAAAAUCCAGUCAAGUGUGUGGCAUCAAUAAAAAAGAGGACCGAGUAAUAAAAGAGAAGUUUGUAGAUAAAUUGUGAAUAUGUCUCUGUCGACAAUGGGUCGGGAUAAGGAGGUGGCAAUGUGGUCUACUGUUGCUAUUCGGAUGUUGGUUAAUACCAUUUCACAUCCACUUGAAUAUGCCAAAGUGUUAAUUCAGAUAGGACAUGAACCCAGUGAACCUAUAGAAACCAGAACACUUUUUGGAAAACCGGCACUGGCUCUGCCGAAUAUUUUUCAGUAUGUAAGAUAUAUUAAAAGUGUGGAUGGAUUUGCUGGAUGCUAUCGAGGGUUGGUCCCAAACCUGUGUGCCAAUGCGGUCAAUACUAUUGCAAUCGGAAAGGCUAUGGAGUCAAAAUAUUUCAUCAAGUAUUUCCCAGAGACUCAGGCGAGGAAAGACGAGGAUAUUGAUGAUUUACCGGAUGAUAAAAGGCGAGAGAUCUAUCUGAGGGAACUAGCUAAAGGUAUAGCUUGUAGAAUAAUAGGAAUAGUUGCAAGUCACCCAUUGGAUGUCAUCACCCUGAGGACAAUGGCCCAAUUCGUUGGGGGUGAAAACAAAUACAAUGGAAUAUUUGGAUCAAUUAGAGAAGUUUACCAUGAGAAUGGCCUAUUGGGUUAUUACGCAGGAUUGGUACCGAGAUUAAUUGCUAAUGUAACCACACUGGUACUUGUCAGUGCCUCAACGUACUUCGUCAACAAAUAUUUGAUAAAGGAUAAGGAUCUGAGGGACUGCACUACAGCUACUAUGACGUUCCUCGCAACGACUGUCACCUAUCCGUUCUUGGUUGUUUACCAUUGUAUGGCUGUUAACGAUUGUGGAUUGCCAGCUGGAGUUCCCCCACGAAUGCCCAUUUAUGGGAACUGGCUGGACUGCUGGAGGCAUUUAUCCUCGAUAAAUCAAUCGAAACGUGGUAGCAGUCUCCUCUGGCGCUACUACACAGGACCUCAAACAAUUAUCAACGGACACCCAGUAGCUCUUACCAAAACUACCUUCUACAAAUAACUUUCAUAAAUAACAAUACUGUUCAACAUUCACGAAGCGAGAAGCGAACAUUAAAAUACAGACUGCAGUCAUUGUCAAUGAAUAAAACUAGACAAAUUGCAGGAGUGAUUACACGAAGUAAUUUUAAAAAUCCUUGAUAAAAAUGCAACAAAUUUUUUUCUCACGUGUAACGUGUGUGUGAAUCCAUGAGAUAGACUUCAUGGAAGUGUCAAUAUAUUUCGUGUUCUUGGUGAUCAUUGUAAAAAGUCAAAUGUCAACUCGAGUCUAUUCUUUAUUAUAGAUAGAAAUAAAAGCAGAAUACAGUGAA